GUCCCUUUACUUUUAAACCAUAGGGGUAUUUAUUUUUCUGUCUCAAAUAAUAAAGAAACAAUUACAAUAAAAAACACAUAAAAAUAUGUAUGAACAUUCUAAAUAUUCACACCAAACUCCCUUUGCCAUAUGAAGAGUUUUGCUAUUAGUAUGUUUGCUGCUGGUGUGAGCCGUGGUGGCAUCCACAACUGUGAGCUUUUCAUUUUUUUAAUGAACAUAAACUUGUAUUUCAAUGCAUUUAAACAAAUUAGUGCACUUGACUGGACAAGAGACAUGCAACUGGAAAUUUGUGGGAAAUGCGCAAUAACUCUGUCUUUACAGGAAAGCUUGGGUUACUGUGUCCUCAAAGACGCUAUACUACGUGUGUAUGAACUAGUAUCAGGUGCAUACAGGCAGACGUAGAGAAACCACAAAAAGUCCGGUGAACAGGCUUUUUUGGAGUUUGCACGUCAAAAGAGGAAUCUCAUUGACAAAUGAUGUGCUUCAAGCAAUGUCAUACAUGACUUUGAAGUGCUCCGUCAGCUGAUCUUGCUAGAAGAUUUUAAAAAACCUUGCCUAACUUAGUUCUUAACAAACAGAAGGUUUGUGUUUAGAAAAGACGUUGCCUUUUCUUCGUACUACUGACUAUUUCUUCUUCAGAUCCACAGAAAGGCAGAAGUUUAAAUAGACUCACACUCAGCUAAACGGUUGCAGAUAGGAGAGAUUAUGGGUCAAAAGACAUCAUGCAACCAAAAUCCAAAUGUAGACAGGCCUGUAUUGAUUUCCUUCCCGUUUUUAAAAGGGGAAGUUAAGCCUUCACAGAUGCACCGCACAAUCUGCCCCGCAGAGUGUGUGGGAGAUGAAAUCGAGUAUUUUCUCGAUUCAGGACAUGCUUCUACAGUAUCCUACACUCAUGUACGGCCUUUCUCAUUUUCUCAUCUUUGUCCUGAUCCAAGGUGUCUCAGCUUCUUUUGAAAAAGUCACUGGUUUCAUAGGGCACAACAUCACUUUGCCCUGCUUGUACAAUGCCCAAACAUACGGUGUCCUCAGGGUCUGCUGGGGACAGGAUUGGGUCCCUAUGAGCAAAUGCUCCAACACCAUCCUGUCCUCCAAAGGGGAAGCUGUGCUGUUCAGACAGUCGCCCAAGUACCAGCUGCUGGGUCGGGUGAUGGAAGGAGACGUCUCCAUGACCAUCGUGAAUGCUCAAAGGACUGAUGCCGGCGUGUAUGGCUGCAGAGUGGAGAUCCCCGGAUUAUUAAACGACAUUAAAAUCAACAUACGUCUCACAAUGGAAGAAGAACCCGAGGAACGUUCUGUGAACCAGAAAAACCUGGUUCUUUUUGGCUCUACAAGAGAAGCAUUUGGAUCCACAAAUCUUCAAAUUAAUGAAACAAAAGUGGAGAAGAUCAUAUCUGGCACACAUCAGAAAAAAGGGUGGACCCACCUGGACCUGUGCAAUAUUGGAAAAAUGUCUGCCAUCAUCUUCCUCCCUGUGAUUCUAAUCCUUGCGGUUUUGAUAAGAAGGAGGAUUCCAUUAACGGAGAACUGUUCACGCACUUCUGUCCAAUCUGAAAACAUCUAUGAAAGCAUCCCCAUGACAACAUGACGUUCAGAAACCUGAAAGGUUACUGUAAAGAAUAGGUGUACGACUAUGACUCCCGAGAGGUUUCAAAGUCCUACUCAUCUCCUUAUUAUCUUAUCAAGUCUUUGUAAUUUGUACUGUAAAAGCCAAAAAGUGUCAAAAAUAUCAGAUGACAUAAAAGAAAAAAAAAGGAAAAGAAAACUGUUUUUUUUGUAUUUGAGUGGACAAUGCCACCUGCUGGUGCAGAGUUUGUUAAUAACAUUUCUGCAAAACUAUGUACAUAGAAAUGCCACUUUUGUGUAUUAUAAAACUUGUAUAUAGUUCUUUUUUAAAUUUUUGUUGGAGUAAACUGUUUUAUGCCACACAAGUGUCAUUUGUUGUGUUUUUUUCCUCUAAAUUUUAUGAUAAAAUGUUGAUUUUAAAAUAAUUUUCCCCAGUGUCUUAAACCACCUUCUACUAUGUGGUCAAGUUGUUUUUGAUUUGUUUAUUGCUUGUGAGAUCUGAGAUUUACACUGUAAUUUUUUUUUAAACAAAAUAAGUUGGAGUCAUUGUUCAAAUGUUGAUUUAAGAAAGAUUUCACACUCAUCCUCAUCUGUCUGACAAAGAAAGCAGAUGGCCUUAAAAAAUGUUUUUUAUGAGAAAAUUUAUGUUUUUUUAUUUUGUUUAGAAAAUGUUGAUUAAAUUCAAAUACACAUUUGAAGUGUUUUUUUGUUGUUUCCUCUUAAUCUGAAGCAGAAGUAGAGAUGUGUGUGAAAUGAAGAAAUGAAUCCUCUAUUCUUAGGCAUCAUAAAGUGAAACAUUUACUGAAAGCAGCUGAGCGCAGUUUGGAAGCAAUAAAAGUGAAACUUAAACAGUCAAGCAUUUAUGGUAAAUAAUCUAAGUCCUCACAUCACUCUGGAAACACAUAACUGCAUGUCACUGAGAAGUGGAAAAUACUGAAACCCACAUUGGUUUAAAAUGUGUUAGUACUUUGAUACAAGGAGUUUCUAUCAAGAGAAAAGUUUUUUUUAACUGUUUUAUCUUGUUUUUUCUUUAAAUCCUAUUAUCUCUCUCUCACUACCUAAAAGGAAGACCUCUUUUGAUUCAAUUUAGGAAUUGAAAAAAAAAAUCCCAGAUCAUCCGAAACCACAGCCCACUCCAAAAAGCCCCUAAAAAACACAACUCUAUUAAAAAAAUAAAUUACUGUGUUUAAAAAAAAAAAAAAAAACCUUCUAAUCCCUUUCUGGGGGUCAUGGGGUUGCUGGAGCCUAUACAAGCUACUGAUGUGUGAAGGAAAGCUACACCCUGGACAGGCCGCUGGUCCCUCCUAAUGCCACCUGAGAUGGAUAACCAAAUUUAGUUUUUUUGUGUGUUUUUUUCAGUAUUUAUUUUAUUUAAAAGGGGGCAAUACAGUUAAAAACAAAAACAAAAAAGUGGUUAAACAAGACAAAACACAUGAUUAAAAAAAAAAAAA